GACAAGGGCUCUUUGAAUGUUUGAGGUUAUUUUGGGUGUGCUCUGCCCGAUUGGCCUGUUCUAUGGUUCACGUGUACAGUAUAUAACUGUAUCAUAUCAGAUAAGUCUUUCACUUUGACGAUACAGCGUGCACUCCUUCAAAACUUGUUCGGUUCACAUGCAGUCAAAAAGAGAAAGUGUGACAUACGCUUAACACAUCAGUCUGCGCAUCCUUUGCGUCGGUGAGAUAUGGGGAGAAUCUAUCAAGUGCUUGUGACCGGAAUGCAAGGCGAGAAGAAAACCAUAGACGUCGCCAGUUCGGAGGAAGAAUUCAAUAACACGACGGUGGCGGAAUUAAAACAAAAACUUGCUGAGAAACUGCCACAGGAGGCAUCAGACCCGUCUGCAUUACGCUUACUCUACACCAGUAAACAGCUAAACGACACCGACAAGCUCUCUGACCACGGGAUCAAGGAUAAAUCCACUAUCUGCAUCAUAAUUCGUUUGCCAGGUGGAAGAUGAACCAGAAGUCUUCAGGCUGGAAGGAGAGACAAGUGUGCUGUAUAUUCAUCCUUCACAUAUCUUCAGCAAACUACAGAUACUUUCCCUCUGAGACUGAAGAAACCAUCACAACAGCCCAAACUGCUGGAAGCCGAUUCUGCCUAUCAACAGUCACACCUAAAUCUGGAUUAUAACAUAUUUUGAACAAGGAAAUAUUUUACAGUGUUGAUUAUCGAUUCUGUCAUCACAAUGAAAGAAACACUUAUAAAGCAUGAUAAAAUGAGCUGAAUACCUUGUAACGAAUUAAGCAGAUGAGAAUAUGUUAACUCAAGUGAGCUAUACAAUGAAAAUGUAUUUUUCCUAAUCGAUUUUGUGCAAUUUUUGUAUAUAUGGGAUUAAAUAAAUGUUUUUUGGGGGAAAAAGUCUAAUGUUUCUCAGCACAGUGUUUCAUCUGUCACACCCACGUCAUUCCACUGAUAUAAUGAGCUGAAGUUGUGCUAAUUAAUGUGCAGUGCCUAGGGUAUCCUCGCUUGAGAAAAUUAACCAUGGUUUUAUUACAAAAAAAAUAAAAAAUUAAUGGUUACUAUAACUAAUCAUGAUUUAACCGUGGUAUUUGUAGUAAAAUUGGCUAUACAAAUGGUAGUCAAUAAGCAAAAAACGAACAAAAAAACAUGCAUUUUUACUACAAUAAAAUAAUGGUUAAUUUUCUUAAGGGAGGCGUGAAACAACCCUGCUGAAAAAAACAAUAGAAAUUCUAAUGGCUUCUACUACAAAUACCAUUACGAACAUUACAAACAAUCAACUUUUAACCAUUAAAACCAUUGCAAAAUGUUUUGGGACAUAUUCCAUUAGGAUUUAUUGCUUUUAAGGCACCAAUAGAAGGCGACUAAUUACCAGCAGAGGCCAACAGCGUCCAUUACAGUUUCCAUUAAAGCCAAUACAAGUCCCAUUAUAACCAGCAAAACCAUUAGCUACAAAUCCUGUGAUGAUGUCUAUUGUUUUAGUUACUAAACCCCGCUUUUCAACGCCAUAACUGAUUAUAUUACUAGUCAUGUUUGCUUCAAGUAUUUUUCGUGUUUGUGUUUUCGUGCUGAGGCUCUGGAUGCUGGGCAGCGUUGAGCAGGUCUGAAGGUGUGCUUCUGGAGUCUCGGAUUACACUUUCAGUUCUGACCGAAGUCCUGACUGAGACGAACCACGCGAGCAAACGACGGGUAUUAAUAAUACAGACACGUCUUUCUGUGUGAGGCUGAGACAUAUCGCUUUUUGGGGAACAUAAACGCUCUUUUUUAAUAUUAUGGGUGUAUAUUCUCGGUCAGCAAACUAUAAGCAGUUAAAUAUCGGACCCGUCUUCUACUGAGGGCAGUUUUUCUUCUUGAUGUGAGGAGCGUAUUUUCGUGAAAGUGAAAGCUAAAUUGAUGUUUUGAUCUCUUCAUUGGAUGUGUUUUCACCUAUAGCUGCACUUUUGCUUUCAUUUAUCUAUUCUGGAUUGAUGGCAUGCGAGGAAGGAAUUAAACACAUACUUUAAACACUAGCUGACAGGUUCAUGACUGAAACUAUUGAAGCUGAAGUUUCGAUUUGCAUGAUCUGCUGAUGAUGAAAUGAAGACCAAAGUAAAAACAGCUGUGCUAAACAAGCAAGUGUCUUAUAUAAUUCACUAGACACAUCUAAAACAUGACUAGAGACAGCUGCCAUGCUGAUUGUUUACUGAUGGUAAAUGCAGUAGAAUCUUACAACGUAUACCUUCAAAUAUUUGAAGAUCUCUCCACCUGGGCUCU